AUGGAGACUGCUUUCUUGAGAACCGGCGGGCUCAUUUGUCUGCCCAAAAGCCCCAGAAGGACAACCGCCUUCCUCAGCUCCUCCAAUGGCCUAAAGCACAGAGCUUUGUCCCUAAAAACCACUUCCCUUUCUGGGUUCCCCUUAUCUCUCAAGAACUCAUACAAAUUCAAUGGCUUUACCUCGAAUCCUGGUGGGGUUUUUCAGAAGAACAGGAGCUUCCACAUCUGCAGGGCUGAGACUGCUGCAGCAGCUUCAGCUGACGGGCAGCCACUGUUUGCUGAACCUGAGAAGCCCAAAAUCUUCGGCAUUGAGACUGUGACUUUCAAGAAGAUUAUCCCCCUCGGGCUAAUGUUCUUCUGCAUUCUCUUCAACUAUACAAUCCUUAGGGAUACAAAGGAUGUCUUAGUUGUGACAGCUAAAGGGAGCAGUGCAGAAAUUAUCCCAUUCCUCAAAACAUGGGUCAAUCUGCCGAUGGCUGUUGGCUUCAUGUUGCUGUACACCAAAUUGGCCAACGUGUUGUCAAAGAAAGCCCUCUUCUACACAGUCAUUGUUCCCUUCAUUGCCUUCUUUGGAGCAUUUGGUUUUGUGCUGUACCCUCUUAGCAACUACAUUCACCCUGAGGCUCUUGCCGAUAAGCUUCUUGGUACGCUCGGUCCAAGGUUUCUUGGCCCACUUGCAAUAUUGAGGAUAUGGAGCUUCUGCUUGUUCUAUGUCAUGGCUGAACUGUGGGGCAGUGUUGUCAUCUCAGUGCUAUUCUGGGGAUUUGCCAAUCAGAUUACAACAGUUGAUGAGGCCAAAAAAUUCUAUCCCCUCUUUGGGCUUGGCGCGAAUGUUGCCCUUAUAUUUUCUGGUCGAACAGUGAAGUACUUCUCCAAUUUGAGAAAAAAUCUUGGCCCUGGAGUUGAUGGCUGGGCCAUCUCGUUGAAAGCUAUGAUGAGCAUCGUGGUUCUGAUGGGACUUGCAAUUUGUGGCCUUUACUGGUGGGUCAACACUUUCGUUCCUCUUCCAACCCGUAGCAAGAAGAAGAAGGAAAAGCAUAAGAUGGGAACGAUGGAGAGCUUGAAGUUCUUGGUCUCUUCCCGAUAUAUUCGGGACCUCGCCACUCUGGUGGUUGCAUAUGGUAUUAGCAUCAACCUCGUCGAGGUUACAUGGAAAUCAAAGCUCAAAGCCCAAUUCCCAAGCCCUAAUGAGUACUCUUCCUUCAUGGGCGACUUCUCGACUGCGACAGGAAUUGCAACCUUCACGAUGAUGCUUCUUAGCCAGUUUAUCUUCGACAAGUACGGAUGGGGAGUUGCUGCUAAGAUUGCACCCACUGUGUUGCUUCUGACGGGAGUUGGGUUCUUCUCUCUGAUAUUGUUUGGCGACCCCUUCGCUCCUACCCUGGCAAAGUUUGGGAUGACCCCUCUUCUUGCAGCUGUCUAUGUCGGUGCCAUGCAGAACAUUUUCAGCAAGAGUGCCAAGUACAGCUUGUUUGACCCAUGCAAAGAAAUGGCUUAUAUUCCGCUUGAUGAGGACACCAAGGUGAAAGGAAAAGCAGCAAUUGAUGUUGUGUGCAACCCAUUAGGCAAGUCGGGAGGGGCCCUGAUCCAGCAGUUCAUGAUCCUAACCUUUGGCUCUCUGGCUAACUCCACUCCCUACCUCGGAGGGAUCUUAAUGGUGAUUGUGCUUGGUUGGCUCGCUGCAGCUAAGUCCCUGGACACCCAAUUCACCGCCUUACGCCGUGAGGAAGAACUCGAGAAGGAGAUGGAGCAGGCGAGCGUUAAGAUCCCAGUCGUGGCCCAGAACGAAAGUGGAGGCACUUCUGUUGGGGGCGACUUGAGUUUAAAUCCUACAGCUGGUGACUCCUCGACCAGUUGAUCAUAAGCCUUGAAUAGACAACUGAAUAAGGAAUGUUUCGAUGGAGUAGACGAGAUGGUGGAUGCUUCUGAUCGGUUUAGGCCCGUCGAGUUUUGAUCUGGUAGAACAAAGAGCGGGUAUAGAAGUUCAUCGCAAUUGGAUCUCGAUGAGUUAGAUUUAAUUGUUGCAAGUUAUAGAGUUUGAGGGUUGUAGUUAUUGACCAUCUCCUGUAUCAUUUCUUGAAAAAAAAAGAAAAAGAAAUCCAGAACAGCCACCAAACAUAUAAACAAUUUGGACCAACGUUAUUUAUUGUUGGGGACGA